AUGCUCGAAGCGAAACUCGAUCAAUCCGCCUCCACCAAGAACAACACCUCUGACGUCGUCACCGAUACCGACAAGGCGAUUGAGGAAAUGAUCAAAGCCGCACUCGCAGAAACUUACCCAGAGUACAUUUUCUUUGGCGAAGAAACGUCCAAGAAAGACCAAUUCCUCACCGACGAUCCUACCUUUAUAUGUGAUCCCAUCGAUGGCACGCUGAACUUCACUCACGGCUUCGGCAACUUCGCCGUCUCGCUCGGCAUGACUCUCUUCAAACGCCCUGUCCUCGGUGUUGUAUACAACCCAACGAACGGCGAAAUGUUCUACGGAAUCAAAGGCCAGGGUGCAUUCCUCGAUCGUAGAGGUACCAUCUUCCCUUUGCCCAUUCGCGCCCCAGUUGAUGUCGGCGACCUGAACACCUGCAUCAUGGCAAUCGAAUGGGGCAACGACCGCGCUGGCGACCGCUGGGAGCUACGUUCACGCGUUCACAAGCAGCUGCUGACCAAGAACGCGGCCGGUGUCAUGAUUCAGUCCAUCCGUAGCAUGGGUAGUGCGGCACUUGAUUUCUGCUACGUCGCUGCCGGCCAACUCGAUGCGUUCUGGGAGCCUGGCUGUUACCCUUGGGACGUCUGCGCCGGCUGGGCGAUUCUGGAAGAGGCUGGAGGCAGGGUGUUUAGUGUGAAUCCAGGUGAGGAGGCACAUCUGGAGAGUCGGCUGUAUUUUGCAAUCAGGCCGGGCAAGAAGGAGAGUCAGGAGGCUUUUGCACGGAAGGUAUGGGGGGUCAUGGGCAAUGGCCGUUUCGUGUAUCCGAAUACGCCAUCCGUGGUAAGGAAGGAAGAAAGCGAUGACGACGUCGGGCUGGAGAUGGCUCGGAGGGUGAAGCAUGCCACGCUGACCCUCUUGCCGAAGCACGAUGCUGCGGUCUGCCAGGAAGCGGCCACGCUCUAUAUAGUGGGUUGA